AUGGGUCAACAAGCCAAAAUUUCACCACCUACGUCACUUGUAACAAUCUAUCAGACGAUAUGGCCCAGCGUGCUUGUUUGCUACAGAGAAAUUCGAGAGCUACAACGGUGUUGUGCGGAACAGCUCAAUCGACUCAAACCGUCAGAGCCCUGGAAGAGACAUUGCAACUAG